AACUCUUAAUUAAGUCAAUGUGAAUGCUUUACUUAACGAUAUCAGUUAAUUAUUGCACCUCAAUGCCAUUAUUACAAAUCAGUCAGUGUGUGGAAAUUAACGUAGGCUAUGGAUUACGUGCACCUAAUUUUACUAGUAUUUAUCGAAACCAUAAACAUAUCUCAUCAAUUAAAUGACAACUCUGAAGGUAUUAGUGAAUUAUUAGAUAAAUUAAUUACAGAAACACAUAAUCGUAAUUUUAGUAACAAUGUUACGGAUAUAUUUGGAGAAUUUGAUAAAGAAUUCCGAAAUAAGUCAUUCAAAAAUGUAAAUGAUUCUGAUAUUGUAUAUCUCAAAACGCCAUUGAAUCCGAAUGAUGUUGAAUCAGAUAAAAAUGACAAAAUGGAAAGUUUAGAAAAUACAAGAAGAAAUUUCAAUUAUAAUAAUAAUUACGAUGAUAUCACAGAAACUGUAAUUGAAGAACAUUCAUCCCGAUCUGAAAAUGUUGGUGAUUUGAUAUUAGAAAAGGAAGUAACAAUAGAUGUUGAUAUUGGAACACCGUCGAAUGAUACGAAUUCACCACUUCCUGUUUUUGAUCCACUGGCAAGGCGAGAUCUCCAUGAUGAACCAGUUAAUUUAAUUUCGAAUCGAAUAUUUAAAUACACACCUAGACUUGGUUUCGGAGAUGAAAAUAGAAAAAAAUCAACAGAAAGUAAUAUAAAGACAUUAGACUCGGAUUUGGAUGAGAUUUUAUACAAUUUUAACAUUUCUAAGGGGUGGAAUACCAAUGAAAAUAGAAGUGAAUUAGAGUUAAAGAAGUUACUUGAUCAACUUCAAAAUCAAUUAAAUGAGACUGAACGAGAACCAAACAUAAAUAAAAAUAAUUUAAAGACAGAUUUAACUAUUUUAGACAGUGAUAAUCAAGAAGUUAUAAAUGAAAUCCCAAUAGCUAAUGAUUAUUCAAAAACAGGUGACACAUCUGAUGAUGCAUCUCUAUAUGAAUAUAAGCAGCCUCAUUCUAAUGCUCAAUAUGGUCUACCUCUUAAUAAUCAAUAUGCCUUCUCUUCUCUAAGUCAUCAAUAUAAUCGCCCUUCUUCUCUCCAAUUAACUCAUAACCCUCUAGAUCACCAAUAUAAUAAACCUCUUCCUAAAAUUCAACACAAUCCUACUGCUAAUAAUAAAUAUACUUACCCCUCAUCUAAUCAUCAAAAUCAAUACUUUACUCCUCAAAUUCACGAUAGUAAACCUCAUAAAACAAAUGAGACAGAGCCUAGCAAAGACGAUAAAAAUAUUGGAGAAAUAGUUGAUGUUAAUAAUAUGAAUGAACGAUUAAAACAUCAAAAUCCAAGUUCAAAUAUGCCUCAAUUAUCAGGAAAUACAUCUUUGCCCAUAACAGCUGCACAUCAAGCGAUACCAUUACCACUAAUCAACGUGAUUCACCACAACCUCAGAUAUCCAGGAAUACGUUACCAUCGGCCAUUGCGACAGUCACUGUUUCCCACUAAUUUUAAUCCAUACUACGCCAUUACUCAGAAAAAGAAAUGCUGUUCUCAUGCCGUGUGCGCGCCUUGUGCUAAUUUAAAUCCAUUAAUUAGUAUAUUACCGGCAGAAAGACUGCGUUUGAUUGCUUUGACAAAUAAAUUAACCACAGGUUUUGUGUAUAAUCCUAUUAAUCCUUUAUAUUACAGAAGAUACAUUUAAUAAAUUUGUUUCUCCAAAAAUGUUAGUAGUUAUUCUAUUUUGUCUACUAUACUAUAUGAAUUUUUGUAUACAAUGACACUUUUUACGAAGUAACAAAUUCGUCUCUAUUUUAAAAGGCAAAAAUUAGACCCAAAUAAUUUUGGGUCUAAUUUUAUACGACCAAAUAAUUUUGGGUCUAAUUUUAUAUGAAAAGAAAAUUUUAAUUUCUUCUCAAAUACAAAAUAACUAUUAAUAAAUACAUUAUAUUUAUUAUACCUA